AUUCUCAUCUUGAGAUUUGUUGACAUCUAAAAAUGGCGGAACCCACGGAGGAUAGCGGCGAUCAUGCUUCAGCGAGUGAGACAGAACAAGGAGAAGGAGGCAAAAAGAAGAGAAUGUUUUCCAAGGAAUUGAGGUGCAUGAUGUACGGCUUUGGUGAUGAUCAGAAUCCUUACACCGAGUCUGUAGAUUUACUGGAAGAUCUGGUGCUAGACUUCAUCACAGAAAUGACUCUUAAAGCCAUGGAGGUUGGUCGUCCUGGAAGAGUACAAGUGGAAGAUAUGAUCUUCUUGAUUCGAAAAGACUCUCGGAAAUACGCCCGGGUCAAGGACUUAUUGAUGAUGAAUGAAGAACUUAAGAAAGCCAGGAAAGCAUUCGAUGAAGCAAACUAUUGAGUUUGGAUGUAGAUGCAGUAUAGACACUGCGCUUAUUUAUAUGAUAAGCCUUACAGGACUUAUAGAGGCACCAGUCUUGGAACAUUGUAGCCUCAUUAUGAAUCGCAUUGGGAUGUGUGAUAAUAAUCCAAGAUGGAGACUUGUCUGGAUUAAUGGCUUUGACAGUCAGCCUGCUACCUAUUGGUAUUAAAGUGCGCGGAGUGGAGCAGAAGAUCCUGAUAGUGAUAGUUGAGUGAAUAACAGUGUCUUGCACCCAGAAUUCAUGCCAAGUGUGGAGUACAUUCAUCAUACCUCCCUAAAACCCUACAGAGUGAAUUACUUGAAUCCUUCUUCCCACUUUGAUCAAAAUCCAACACUAUUUAUUAAGCCAACUCAAAACCAACUGUUUGGACUCUGAUUAGGGUGGUAUGCCUAAGCCAAUAUAAAGCAUGAUCAGUUUACUAGUGUGCAGUCCUCAGUCCAACACCAUUCAGUUACUCAACACCCAAAGUGUUAGACUCUGAUUAGGGUGGUAUGCCUAAGCCAAUAUAAAGCAUGAUCAGUUUACUAGUGCAGUCCUCAGUCCAACAGACAAACAGACAAACAAUGGCCUUGUGGGUUACUAUUGUAAAAACUGGGCAACCCGGUUAAUUAAAAUGUUCAUACAUGUACUCCUUUUCAGAUGUGAAUAACAAAUUAAAAAAAUGUGACAAAUGAAU